AUGGCCUCAGGGAACGACGGUGACCCGCCGAGGGCCCAGGGACGCCGGGGACACAAUGGGCGCAGGCUGUCACGAGAGCUCAAUUCAGAAGACCAGGUGGCGGAGGAGACGGAGGAGGUGUUUCGGAGCUACGCUUUCUACCGCUACCAGCAGGAGAUUGAAGAGAGAGGGGAGGAAGUGACCAUGGACCCAGAGAUCAUGGACAUCCAGCAGGAUCUGGAAAGCACUGGGAGCCUGGUGGGAAGGCGCCUGGCCAUCAUCGGUGACGACAUUAACGAGCGGUACGAUGCAGAGUUUCGCUACAUGCUGAAAUCCUUGCAGCCCACCAGGGAGAACGUCCGUGAGUACUUCACCAGAAUAGCCUCCAGCCUGUUCGACAGCGGCAUUAACUGGGGCCGGGUGAUUGCACUGCUGGGCUUCGGCUACCGCAUGGCCAUCUACGUCUACCAGCAAGGCAUGCCAGGUUUCCUCCGCUGGAUCGCCCGCUGCGUUGCAGAGUUCGUGCUCCGGAAUCGCAUCGCCCAGUGGUUAUUCUCUGUUUCUCGUUAGGUGGCUGCACUCGAGCUGGACAAUGUUUACAUGAAGUACAUGCUGGUGGUGGUGGCCCUGGUCGUAGUGGGGCAUUUAGUGGUACGACGCUUCUUCAGGCCCUGA